GUUUCCUGGGAAGCAUCUGAACAAAGGCCUGCCCCUUUUUCAUGAGGAUUGCUCUACCGCCAUCGUUACUUUACGUGUAAUCACGAUUACUAAAUCGGAUUACGAUACUUUUAUUAUAUUUCAAGGUAUCAGUAACAACAGAGACAGAAUUCGAAAUGGAUGCGGAUCACCAAGAAACCAGCGGCGAGACCAAAUCGGCCAUUAAUACUUGGCGUUAUCGACACCAUUUCACGUACAAGGCAGAUCAAGGGAAAAAUAUCAUCGUCCAGUGUAAUCUGUGCUUGCCGAGGGUUAAUCUGCUGUCCACGUCAAAAACCUCCACUUCAAAUCUAAAGAAACAUUUAGACAGAACACAUUUAGGCUGUGAAGCCAGGCCUGAUGCCAAGAGAGGACGGAAAAAAGAGGAAUACAACGGCGAGGAAAGCAGACACUGCCAGCUCAAAAAGCUCAAAGCGGAAAUCAUCUCCAAAUGCCUGACCCAGGCAAAGAUCGAUGAUCUGAUCUUCAACUUCAUUGUGGAGGACUGCCAGUCAUUUUAUGUGCUGGAGCAGCCUGGCUUCAGGAAGCUGAUUGCUGGUUUAACUGAAGGGCUCAAAUCCAUGGACAGGGUGACCCUGUUUACUAAGGUGGACCACGGUUUCUCCAAGAUGCGGGAAGAGGUGAUGUCUAAGCUCAGCAGCGUCCAGUAUGUGUGCACCACAGCGGACAUCUGGACAGCCCACAACAGGAGCUUCUUUGGGAUGACCUGUCACUGGAUCGAUAUGGAUUCUUUGGAGAGGAAAUCCGCCGCCCUGGCUUUUGCACGGCUGCAGGGCAGGAUCACGUAUGACACCAUCGCCGGCCGCAUACACGACGUCCACGUGGCCUACAAUAUUGAGAGUAAAGUUCAGACGACAGUCACAGAUAACGGCAGCCCCUUCAUCAGUGUCUUCAGGGAGUUUGCGCUGGACAGCCAAGAAAGUGACGACGACAUCGGUUUCUACGAGAACGUGAGCACCGUGCUCGAGGGUGAGCCGGAGCAGGACAUGCUGCUGUUUCUGCCCACCGUGCAGCGCUGCGCGUCACACACCCUGGAGCAGAUCGUCACUGAUGACUUCUGGCAGGCUGUGUCACAGGGGCCCAUGUGCCAGCUACAUUACAGUGCCAUGGCUAAAGUGUUUGCCAUAUGGAGCAAAUGCCACCAUCUCCAGGUCGGGAUGGACGCGGCAGAGGAGAUAGGGAAGAUGGCGCUCGUCGUCCCCACCGUUAUACGCUGGAACGUGGAGUACUGUGCCGUGCAGAAGAUUGUCUCUCUCAGCGAGCGGGAGCUGACGGAGCUCUGCGCUCGCCUCGAGGUCCCACGCUUUCAGCCAGAGGAGAUGGCCUUCUUGAAGGAAUAUGUGACUGUGUUUCACCCGCUCGCAUUUGCACUCGAACUUUUCCAGGCGGAGCAGAAAUGCUACCUGGGCCUGGUCAUCCCAACCGUACUCAGUCUGAAGAACAAGCUAAAUGAGCAGAAGGAUGCCGCAAAAUACUUCGGCGAUGCCAUCAACGCCAUUGUAAUGGCUAUCGACGUGCGGUUCCAGGAGUUGUUCGGCAGCACCGAAGCGAAGAUUGCGACCGCGACAACUCCUCAGUUUCGCUUGUGGUGGAUGGCGGCCUCCGAGAGGGAGGAGAUGUGCGCCCUGCUGGCCUCGGAGGCGUCCCAGAUGGAUCCCUGCACCGUAACCGAGGCGAACACCAGCCGCAACCUGUCCACCAUUGAAUCCGAGGAUGACUUCUUUAGCUAUGGCUCAGUGAAACCGGCCGUCCAGAUCCAGCAGCGGGGGGUGUUGGAGGAGAUUCGCAAGUAUGUAGAAGGAACGGGGAAGAGCCUCGAGUGCCUGCAGGACUUCCCAAGAGUGAAGCAGCUCUUCCUAAAAUACAACACCACCCUGCCGUCCACGGCCCCCGUCCAGCGUCUCUUCAGCCAGAAGGGCAACCUGGUGACGUCACAGAGAAACUUUCUGACUGACGACUAUUUCGAGCGCAUUCAGCUUUUGAGAUACAACAGCAACCUGUGCUCUCUGAUCAGCGAGUGAAUGGGUUACCGAUGGCCGUCUCAGACUUUUAACCGAUACAAAAUCAAACCAUAUUGUUUUGAAGUCAUCACAGGAGAACACUGAACAAUAUCUCAUUUCAGGCACUUUAGCCCGAAUGUGCUUUCUAAUAUUUAUCCCCCCCUGCCUGUUUUGAUUGGCAAAGCAUAUGUCUCCCACUCCAGAAUGGCUUAAUGAAAACAUCUGAUUGACAAUCAUAGACACUGACACUCGGACUGACAAAAAGCAUCUUUAUCUGUGCUGUUGUUGUGAUUUGAUGUAGCCACGGGGUUAAACUGAAGUGAUUUUUGUCUUUCAGUUAUGAUUUUUUUUCUACAGCUGUUCAGUAAGAAUGCAUCUCCUGUCUGUAUUUUAUAUCAUAUAUAAAGCGACAAGAAGAGACCCCCCCUCUCCGUUUGUUUGUG